UUUAGUGACCGUAAAAAAAAAGUUGGUAUAGAUGGUCUCUAGGGACUGGGAUUACAAGCCAACAACAGUUGGUAUAGGGUCCGAUAUAAAAAUGCACUUUUUGUUAUCGAAAGGUGCACAAUUUCACCCUCUUUUAAUUUUUUUUUUUACUUCAAAAAAAAAAUAAAGGUAGAAAAUCACUUUCUCACGAGCAACAUGGAAUAAAAACCCUAAAAAUCUUCAACUCCUCUCCUAAAUGCUUCCUCAACACUCUCUCUCCGGCACCUGAGCCUCGCCGCCAUGCCUAAUCCUCCCUAGCUGAAGCAGCCGACCGUUCCAACUUUGGCCUCAUCGUACUUCAUCUUGUCAAUCUGCCGCCGUCAACUUCAAAAACCACCUUCUUCUUUGAUGGGCAUUAGAAGACAGUUCAAUCCUUAAUUCCGAGAAGGGACACAAAAACCCUAAUCGUACCUCUCAUGCUCGUUGCUACUCCCAAAAUCCAAUCUCUGCUUAGUGAAGCCCUAGCUAUCAUCGGCAACGACGAUAUACCUAAAUCAUGGCCAUCACUACUACCUGAACUCGUCGCCAAUCUCCAUAAUGCAUCACAGAUAUCUUCCUCUAGAAAUUGGGUGCUUAAUGAAUCAACUAUGUCUUCCAUUCUUACUUCAAAAGCUCAACCAUCUCAACUUGGGUUUACUUUGGUAUGCUUGAUGCAUUGUUGGCUGAUGAGUAACUUCUUGAAGAGUACAGUGACCGCUCUCAAAGUUCCGAUGAUAUUAAGGUAGAACCUUCAUAGGAUGAUGGCACUUCCAAUUCUGGAGUUGGAGAAUUGCAUGACGACAUACAGUUUUGGAGUCAAUGACAUACCAAUUCUUAACGCAAGAUCGCUUGAAGAUAUUGACAUAGCUUUUAAGCAACUUCAAGAAAGAGUUGAGGUUAACGAUGUCAUCCGGACAAAGUACGAUAAAAGAUCGGCUUGGUAGUGAAGAAUGUAAAUAUCAUGUCGAAGUAAUUAUUUUAUUAUUUUGAUAUGUUUGUAAGACUUGCUAUUUUGAUAAUAUAAUUGAAAAUUUAUUUGA